UCUGAGAAAUGGGAAGGAGGGGUUGGAGGGGAUGUAACGUCAAUGUACUAUAUUUUAUCUAGGCAUUUUAGCGGAGCAACGUUUUUGAAUUGAUUUUAUAUUUAACCUUGAGAUUUGAUAAGAAAUUGUUCGAAUAAAUUGGGCAAAGAAAAGCUGAAAUAUAUAUGAUGGAUAUAAACAUCCCCCGCGUUUUUUUUUAUGUUUUAUUUUCGCCCGUACCGUAAUUUGUCGAAGAACAAUUAAUUUAGUUCACUUGAUUCAUUUUCAAACUUUCAGAACUUGCAAUAUUUUCUCUGGUCUACCGGUACUUUUUUUUCCAGGUAACGCUGCAUCGAUUUCGAGAGUUCACGUUCUGGAACUUGGACAAUUCCAGUAGCCGCGUCUGUCAGCGAAGAGUCGCACGUGGAAAACAAACACUAAUAAUGGGAUUAAUAUGGGGCGGCUGGUUGACGGCGAUAACGAAAAUUGAUUUCACCCUCGUGCCCUUCGAAAACCCCUCUCUCUCCCUCUGCGCUCCUCGAGGCUACCCCACGGCAUGGGGAUCCCAUUCGAACGCGUUGACGUUUCAUGGGACACUGCGCAAAACCGGCGACACGCCUCUUUUCUAUUGGCAUGGCCUGCCCAACGGUAAUUCUUUCAGCUCGACCAUAUUCCAUUCCUGGUUAGGUUCGUUGCCUCGCUGAUCGUACCACCCUCCCAUGAUAACGAGACCACGAUUCUUUUUCUAGGACAAUCUUUGUAUUCACAAUCUUGAUCUUUUAUUUUUGAUCGUUAUACUUGUACAUUUUCUUUUAUUUCCGAGUUUACUUUUGUUUACUACCCCUAGGAUGAUUUUUAUAGUUUCUCUUCAGGGGUCGUUUGAGACCCCUAUCGAUCUCCAAUUUUGUCAGCCAUACUCGAAUUUCAACGAGACGAAUUUUUAUGAUAAAUGCAAAUAUAGAACGAAUGAACUGAUAGAAUCCUGUUAAAAAGAUUUAUGUGUGGCCACACAGGCUCGGAAGAGAAUUUUAUGGUCACUCGAUGAGCGCGCGAGUGUAUUUCACAGAGAACUAUAAUACCUAAUUCGUAUUCUCUGGCACGCGCAAAUUGAGCUGUAUGUUACUAAAUCUGUGGGAAACCGCUACAAAACCCGCCACCCCUGCGCGUUUUAGGGCCGCUCCUAUCGAUUCGAUGGGAAUUUCGUAUGAAUUUUUUGAACGUGAAUAAAUCACCCUCCCUUCUGUAUUCUCAAUCCACGUAUUUCUCAAGACUCGUCAAAAUAACGAACGAAGGGUUGAGAUCGUUCAAUAAAUUUAUUUUAAAUUCUCGUAUAAUUAAUUUCCUGUUUGUAUAAAAGCAUAUCGAUAUAUUUAUUCCACAUUUUACCACACUUUCCCCCUGUGUGUCAAACACCAUAUGCGGUCGCAAUAACGGAUUAGCGAAGAUUGAUAAAAAAAAAAAGUCACCCCUCGAAUGGCCACGUUACGAAUAAGGCACGCGGCUUCAUUCAACAGUGACGCACGUGCCAUUUAUACGCCUUUUAUUUCCAGAUUAAGGUGUCGAUAAAGUUAAAAAGUGGCAUCCUAAUGGUGGCAUUAAAAUAUCGACGGAAAGGACGGAUUUCGAUAAGGGUGGCUUUCAGCCUCGAGUUUCCCACUUCUUUUCGGGAAAUGUUCGAUGCGCCAACAACGUUCACGCUCGUAACUUGUCGUAUUUUUUUUCAUAAUUAGUUAUUCCUCUAUAAUUCACAUGAAUUUAGAUUUUUCGAAAGAAAUUCUAUUCCAGAGCCACCAGAGUACUCGAAAUUAUUUCAUUUUAUCUUAAAUCAGAACCCAGUAAAGGUUUCGGAUAGGAUAGAGAGUCGCAGCAAAAUUACAACGAAAAUCAGUUGAAUUAAUUUUGAAAGUAGAGUACGAAAUACAUCGUAUAAUUUCAGAAAUACUAAUAUUUUACAGAGAUAGACAAAAUUCAUUUCAACAGAAAAAAAUGCAAUCGCACGAUAUCCCCGAAGUUCUUUGUUCUGUCUUUUAGGUCGCAGCGAGUAAGAAAAUGGUUGUUUCGUUAUCUUCUACGCACGGAGGCUCGUGACUAAAAUCUGUCUCCACCUUCUUCCUGUUUCAUCCCAUUAGCAUCUGCCUCGAAGAUGCUUCCUACACAAUUAAAGAACAAACAACAUCGACUCACGGCCUUAUCUAAUCGCCGGCGCGCGGCGUUAUCAAACGCGAUGCGAACUAGGUUUCACUUUUUUUCAUCAAAGUCAUUCAUGUUUCUUCGAAUACCAUUGCACGAGAAUCUGUCGUACUACUCAAAUACUAUAUAAAAUUUAUUUAUUACAUAGUUAAAAAUUUGCAAUCUCUAGUAGAUUCUUGAUAUAAACAUUAACUCGGAUGACGCAUAUGUUUCCGAAGAAACAGUACUCUAUUAACAAUCUAUGUUGUAAAUCUUUUUCAUAAUCGCUUUAGUACGUCACGUCGUAUAUGCGUCGCUCACGAUGUUUUACAAUUAUUACAUAGUACAAUAAACCAGAGACGAUAUAACGAGGAUCGGUAUAUCCGUGUGCAAAUGCUUUUGUUUUAACGUGACUAGUCAAAUCCAGAAACUAUUUCGUUUGUUCACGAUAGUGUAUCUUCGAUGAUUGAUAGCUUCUUCGGACACUACGAGUUUGUUGAUCUUAAAUAUUUCCCGUUCUUUAUAAAAUCUACUAUAAUUAUCUAUAUACCUUUGCAAGUAAUUCCCUGUAAGAGUUACUUUUCGAUACUAUUUUUGUAUUUUGAUCGUUUCGUCACCGAACUUCAAUUUUAUUUUUUUUAUGACAAACUUUUUUAUAAUUAUUGACCGUUUAGACGAAAUUAGUCUAGCUCCCACGCAGAUUGGCCAGUAAUAGCGCUCGAAUGAACACGAUCGCAGAUUUAAUCAUUUAAUCGGGAUGGGACGAUGACACCCUACGGUUCAUCCCUCUGGAAAAUCUGUAGCACCCUUCGGAGGUGUCACAAUAAAACAGCCCGUGGCUGGUGGCCACUUGACAACGACUGGGGGUUCGCUAAACUCUCACCCCUAAUGUAUAUUAAACAAGGCUCCCUUCUUUCUGCCCCUCUCCACGUUGACUUUCCAGAGCGCUGCUAAUCAGAAUCUAAUUAUUUCAGAAUGCAUAUUCGCAAAUCAAAAUCGAAAACACUGGCAACGAAAAUUUAAUGGUCGACAUACAUCAACGGCGUAGUAAGAAAUUAAAAAAAAAUUUAUUUUUUGUAAUAUUAAUAUAAGCACGAGGUACGAGGAUUCGUUAUAUCGAAAAUUCAAUUGAAAAAUCGAUGUUCCUCGGUUUCGGUCGUGUCUGGAACGGUCUAACAGCGACCUAAGGGUCUCCGAAGAGCGGAGGGAUGCUGGAUACGUAUGGAAUAGUAUGGGAUGGUCCGCAGAGGAGCUCCACCCAUGAGGCCUGCGCUCCGCCUUCGCAAAAUUCAUUUUCCCGGGGGUUGCACCGCACUUUCUAUUAGUUAAAUCGGCCCGUCUGGACUCGUCAGUCGGUUUAACAUCAGCUGGGAUCGUAACCCGGUGAUAUCUGUCGUAGAAGUGUCCUCGGACGGCUUUCGGACAAUUUUACUCUUUUUAACUGGGAAUUUUGUUGGUGGUACGAGCGCGAAAGUGAACGAAAUCUGCCACUUCGACAUGUCGAUGCUGACGUACAACGGGUGUUCCGGAGUGACAGUGGACACGGAGAAUGGUUCCCCAGCGGAGUCACUGUUGUCCGCUGAAGGAGAGGAAGUCGGGGAUUCUCCUAGCACACCAAGAGACACCGAAGAAGAAGCUACCCUUUCGGAUGAGUUCUACUCCCACGACACGGACGACGAAGAGGACCAAGGCAAGAAACGACGGGACCGCGCCAAUUCUCUAGACGGUAUAUCAUCCGGGAGCGGUCACCUCGGAUCACCAACGCCUCGAGUAGGAACUCUGGGUGUUCGAAAAUUAUUCACGAACAGCCGAGAACGUUGGAGACAGCAGAAUGUAAGCGGUGCCUUCGCUGAGCUUCGAAAAUUGGUACCCACUCAUCCACCAGACAAGAAAUUGUCGAAGAACGAGAUCCUGCGUCUGGCCAUUCGAUACAUACGUCUCCUAAGCAACGUCCUGGAGUGGCAGAAGGCCCAAGACCGCAACGACGCGACGCAGCACGAGGUACGAAUCAAAUGCGAGCCCACCUACAACGCUCAAAAUUCGACAGCCUAUCCCACGAAACCCGCCGUGGCGUUUCUAAAACAGGAGAAGCAGAUCAACGACAACCACAACGCCUACAGGACGAACUUCGCCGCGCAGAAGCAGCUUCAGCAUCCAGUAUCCCACGUGGCCUGCGACAAAAACGGCAACAACCUGCUGAUGAUCGCUCCUGCUGGCCACAACGUCACCGUCGCGGUAAACAAACGAAGCGCGACGCCUUCCACCAUAGCCGUUCAGAACACUUUUCCACCUGGGGUCCUGAGCAACGGGGGUUUGAUACGUUCGCCGGUUGGUCCACGACCUUCGGGCUUCCCCAAGUCGCCACAGAUCAACGUGCAGGCCGUUAGCAGCCCGAACAUCCUCAGCAACUCUUCGAGUACGCCUUUGACUAGCAACGCGACUUCUGUCGGCGGAAGUGUGUCGACCUGUGGCCAGAAGAGGCUGAAGAUUGAAAGGGAGGACGAGGAACAGUCCAGCCAGGGCAAAGACUGCAAAAAUAUGCCACCUCAUAGUGUCCCUGCGAGGAAGAGAGCGAAGGUGUUCAUCAGAGAUUCGAAUUCCGGGUUUCGUAACGAUUUUCGGAGCGUGGACCGCAAGUAAGAGAGGUGAAAAGACCAUGUUUAUCUACUUGUGUCGGUCGAAAGUGGUUCCUAGGGGUGAUGGAACCGUUCGUUUGAAAGUAGCGUGUAUAAAGCUAUCUUGGCCUUUGGAGCACUAAUGGGGUAGAAGAUGUUGACUUCUUGGUGACGAGGGUUUGUCCCGUGACAGGUUCAAAUGGCUUAAGUGGCCUGUGUGAUACGCGUGGAAUCGUAACGAUAUGGAUUCUGAAAUGUCUGAUCUUAUUUUGUAGAUAGUCGUUGGACAGAUGAACUUUGUGGAAUUCAUUCUGAAUGUGCAAUAAUAUGUAUUCGACGAGUAACAGGAUCCUCGAGUCGAUUGUCUAUUUUAACUCUCCUCCAAAACUUGGAAGUUUAAUGUCUAUAUCGCAUAAUUUAUUAUUAUAUCAAGGGGAAGGGAAAGAAGGGAGAGGAAGGUGUUCAUGUUACUAGGAACGAAUUUAUCGAAAUAUAUCAAAGUUACAUACA